ACCUACAGGUGCCUGUAUUUCCUUGCCCGACGGCAUCGCCGAAGCUUCUCUGGUCGCAUUCGCUAACUUCUCACCGACCUGGAGGAUUUACCUGCUGUCCAUCAGCGCUGUAUCAGCUCUUUUGAUGCUCAUCCAGAUGUUGUUGCCGGAAUCCCCAAGAUGGCUGAUGUCGACGGGACAAGUUGAUAAAGCAAGGAUGAUUAUGGCGAAAGCUGUCACGUGUAACAAUUUGAAUGCUGCUGCUGUAGAAGAAAAUACUAACAGAAAAAUGACAAUGGAAUCAAAAGAAAAAAAUAACACUACGGCUACGUAUUUAGAUUUGUUCAAGUCAAAGAAAAUAUCGAUUAGAACACUAGCAGUAAUUUUCAUAUGGGUCACCCACGGAAUGUGCUUCUUUGGCAUCAACCAGUACUGUACGUUUUUGGGAUCGAGCGUAUUUCUCUCUGUGAUAGUUAUGGGCUUGAUUCAGUUACCCGCCUGCUUCGUCGCAACAUGGCUGAACAAAGUUUAUGGUAGAAAGGCAACCAUGAUAAGCAAUUUAGGGAUUACUGGUGUGACUAUGUUACUGCUGAUCUUCACUAAAAAAGAUCACUGGGCUGCUUUAACUUUGGGAAUCAUCGGACUAUGGGCAGUUAAUAUUACUUGCAACGUAGCCUAUGUUUGGGUCUCAGAAUUGUUUCCUACUCCAUUAAGGAACAUGGCUUAUGGUAUGGGGUCUUCGGGAGCUAAGGUCGGAGCUAUGAUUGCGCCUUUUAUAGCAAAUCUCGGUCCUCAUUGGAUGCCAUCUUUAAUAUUCUCCACAAUAUCAUUCUUAGGUAUUGGCGCUAGUUAUGUUUUGCCAGAGACUAAGGGAAUAAAUUUAGAAGACGAUAUGAGUCAUACAGAUUAAUUAAAAUCUAAUCAUAUUCCUUAAAUAUAUAUUACAUGUCAAAUCAUUAGAUUUAAAUCUUUAGGUAUGUAAAAUACAAAAUUAAUAUAAUCACAUAAUAUAUUAAUAUGAAUAUUAACAAACUUCAGCAGUUAAGAUUAAUAUACAGA